CCCCGCGCGCGCCGCCGUUUGAACGCGGCCAUGGAGGGGCUGGCGGCGCUGCCCGACGUGUGGCGGCUCUACUUCCCCUCCGUCCGCGCCGCCACCUUCCGCAACUGGCCCUUCACCGAGGGCUGCGCCUGCACGCCCGAGCGGAUGGCGGCGGCGGGCUUCGUGCAUUGCCCCAGCGAGAACAGCCCCGACGUGGCGCAGUGCUUCUUCUGCCUCAAGGAGCUGGAGGGCUGGGAGCCCGACGAUGACCCCCUGGAGGAACACAAAAAGCACUCCGCGGACUGUGGUUUUCUUUCUCUUCAGAAAGAACCUGCUAACCUGACGGUGCAGGAGUUCCUGAAGCUGGACAAAAUGCGAAUGAGGAAGGCACUUAAAAAAGAGAUUUCUCAGAUGGUGACCAAGGUUGAAGAUAAAGCCAAGAUCCAGCGUUGUGGUAUAAAGAAUCUGGCCUAGACUGCUGUCUUGUCCAUAUGCUGCGGCACUGCCCCUGUGACUGAAUGGCCGUGUUUCCUGAGGCUGCUUCCAGACUGAUAUCCCUGAGAAGCAGAGGGAAUUCUGCUUCACUCUUCUGAGUCUGCCUGGGAAGUACCUGAGGUUUGAUGCAUUGCAUACAUAAUCUUUUUCUGCAGGGAGUCUCCUGAUUUUCCUGCUGCUUUUUUAAGGAUUAUUAUUUGUGGGUUUGCUUGUUUGGUUUUUUUUUUAAAUCCAUCUGUUUAGCGAUAUUGCUGUCUCAUACUGGUAACUCUGGUGCUAAAACUUGUAUUUCUGAUAGGAGUUGACAUGCAUUUCCAUUUUUGUAUGGAAUACCUGUGCUUUUAGAUACUUUGGGACAUAGAAAGGAGAAGGAGUUUUAAAAAUACUUCAGGGAUUUAGGAUUGUGGCUAAUAACACUGAGCUAUACCACAUCUCAGUGUGCGUGGUGUUCUUGUAAACUUGUGUUUGUAGUUGGCUGCUUCCUCAUGUUGAUGCAUUUAUAAAUAAAAGUUGAAGGCAGAACAAAAAAGUAGUUCUGUUCAAUUUUCUGGACGAUAAGAAUCUGA